AUUUUCAUGAAUUUUCCCGAAAUAAAAAAUAAAGUUAGUUUUAUUUUUUUUAUUUUUUUAUUUUGUAUAAAAGAUAUGAUUUCAACAAUCGGCACAACAACAAUUCAAGCCGCGAACGGCGGGACUCUGUCCACAACAACAGCACCAAACUCGUUAGUCAUGAAUCCUACGUCAAUGUUAGUAGAGAUGAAAAACUUCAUUCCUUCUUCAUAUACUUUCGAAACAAAAAUCCAGAAGAUAAAGCAAGAACUU